GCGUUGUGGAACAAUCUGCUGUCUACCUAUCAUCUGUCAAUCUGUGGUGUCCCACGUGGUCAAGGGCGGUCUUAUCUCGAGUUGAAUGUGCAACUUUUAAUGAGGCAAACAAUUGCAUGUGCUCCAGUGCUUGUCGCACUUGGGUCUGAGCAGGACACAGACAGUCAACCUUGGAACGAAGCAAGCUACAAGUCAAGAGCCACCUCCUUUCCCCUUCGGGGUCCGCAUCGCACGCAUCUGUCCGCGGCGUGGACCAGUUGCGCACCACCGGUUCCAAUACCGGAACAUUAAAAGCCGGUGGCCGGAUGAUGUAGAGGUGUCACACCCGUCGAGUUUAGUCCUGUGCCUGAGCCUGUGAAGGAGUAUCAGCACCCACACGCCUAAUUCUCAUCCUGUCAACCUUUACAACUUGUAAAACCGGGAUUUCAGCAUGGAUUCCUUGCGCGACUCUGCCGGGGCCAGCAAGUCGUCAGUAUGCCAGUGCGCACCCAAGCCCGCCGUCCACCGGUGGUCUCCCGGCCUCGCCGUGGCCUUGUGCGUGCUCAUGUCCCUGAGCUCGAUCAGCGUGUGCCUGCUGAUGAGCUUCAAGACUGUCCAGUUGGAGCAGAGACUGAACAUGGAACUGGACCGAGCGCCCCGAUUCCACCCGGCGCACGGGAGUUUCUUUGACGAGGAUGGCAGUCUGGUUCCGGAGCUGAGCGCUUCCGUGGGGAAGCUCGUGGAAGAGAAAGUCAUGGUGCUGAUGCCCAAAAGCAGAACAACUCGAGAUGUCGGACAAGAAUGUGCCUGUCCUCCAGGGCCUCCCGGAAAGCGUGGAAGGAUGGGAAGAAGAGGGGAACCGGGUAAGUGAAGCCCACCACCUGGCAAAACGGGACGGGAUGGAUACCCGGGUCCACUUGGCUUGGAUGGUAAACCAGGACUACCAGGUCUCAAGGGAAGCCAGGGACCAACCGGACCCAAGGGAGAAAAGGGUGACCAAGGAGACAUUGGACCAAGGAUGGUCUAUCCAAGAUACGAUCACAGCUUUCUCUCUGGUGACCAGUCCAGCACCUUCCAGAGACGUUUUCUGAAGGGUGACCAAGGCCAGGCUGGACCUGCUGGCCCGCCCGGCCCACCAGGUCCCCCAGGUCCCAGGGGACCCCCUGGGAACACCGGCAAAGAUGGACCUCGUGGCCCAGCAGGAGAACCAGGUAUUCCAGGUCGUGAUGGCAUUGAGGGACCUCAAGGAUUACCUGGGAACUCGGGAGAGGAUGGGGAUCCUGGAUAUCCUGGACCACAAGGUCCUCCAGGGACAAAGGGCGAACCUGGUAUAAGCGAAAAAGGAGAGAGGGGCAUGGAUGGAUUGCCAGGAUUAAAGGGAGAUAAAGGAGCAAUUGGAGACCAAGGUCCACAAGGGCCCAUGGGUUAUCCUGGUGAAAAGGGUAUUUCAGGCACCUCCGACAUCAUUGACUUUAAUGGGAAGCUUCUGGAUGCGUUCCAGGGCCCACCUGGACCGCCUGGACCACCAGGUCUACAAGGAGAAAAGGGAGAGCUUGGUUUACCUGGUCCAGCUGGAGUGGAUGGGGAAAAGGGACCUAAAGGUGAUGUGGGUGAAAUAGGACUACAAGGAGAAAGAGGAGAAAAGGGAGAGAUGGGUCUUUCUGGGCCUGCAGGUAUGGACGCACAGAAAGGAGAGAAGGGUGACUGCAGACUGGACGACAACCUGGUUCAAAUGAUCUCUCAGCCCGGCCCGCCAGGGCCACCAGGCCCGCCAGGAGUUCCUGGGUCACCUGGAUCAAUGGGGCUACAUGGAAUGCCUGGUCCAAAGGGGGAGCCAGGAGACGGGAUCAAGGGUGAGAGGGGUGAUACCGGUAUGCCAGGAUCCAAAGGAUUGGACGGCCUUCCGGGUACACAAGGGUCUCCCGGCCUUGUGGGUCUUCCAGGGGCUAAAGGAGAAAAAGGCAGACCAGGGGAACCUGGACUUGACAUUAGGGGUUUCCCAGGCCCAAUGGGAGAGAAAGGUGACAGGGGGGAACGAGGAGAUAAGGGUGAUCGGGGAAGUGUUGGAAAAAGAGGACUAAAGGGUCAGAAGGGAGAACAGGGUCCUCCAGGCCUGGACCAACCCUGUCCUGUGGGACAUGAUGGCCUGCCCAUACCAGGCUGCUGGCACAAGUGAUUGCUGUGACUAACCAGCAGCAUGGAUUCUGUACAUUUUGUUUUAGUAUAUAUUGUAACUGAUUAGCAACAACUUUUCAUUUGUAUUUUUUUUAAAUAAACAUUUUUAUAUAAUAUAUUGAAACAUGGACACCUCUGCAGUAUUGUAAGAACUCCAGAGACACGGCGUUGUGUAAGGAGUCGUGCUUUAAUGGGUCUGGGGGGGGGGGGGGUCUUUCUUUGGAGUGCAGUCCAUGUGCAGCGUGCUCAAGUCUAACUGCCUUACUAACCGAGUCUGACUCACUCGGCCCUGUUGGGUGGACGGACACUCGACCACGACGGAGUGUACGUCAUUCUUCUCCUCUUUGUUUUUCCGGAAGGAGGAGAGAGCCAGGCAGAAGCUUAAACGCAAACAUCUUAUUCAGCCAUGAAUACCAGCAGGAGGACCUGCUGAGGGAAAGGACACGUAGAGGGGAGGGCACAGAUUGGAUCGGAUUUGCCUCUAUGGAGCAGAAGAUGCAUUGCAAGCCUGUGUGCGUCUUACACUUAAAUCCUCCACUAUGAAAACUCUUCCGGAGCGGUCGACAAAUCCACUUUGCGGAGUCCCUCGGAAACUCUGGCUGACGAUGUCGGUGGCGUCACCGGCACACAGCGAUGUGAUUUUAGUCAUCACUUGUUUGCCUGUGGAGUGACAAUCGUGCCGAAUUAACUGCAUCAUUAAAACGCAAUGUUGUGGAUGAGUAGAAUAGAAAUAAUAGCUCUUUAUAAGCGUUUUGGCUGUUUUAUUUUUUCUUUCUUCCUUCCACUUGUGGCAGUUACAUUUUGCAUUCCUAUGCAUUGCCAUGUUUUUUGAGCGAUUUGAAGGAGCCGUUGCAGUAUUCGUUGUCAACCAGUGCAUCAGUCGAACAGGCUAAUUUUAUUGGUUAAAUUUUAAUUUGCCAUUUCCACUUGUAAUUUAGUCUGAUUGAUCAUGUUUGUUUGUUUUUUAAUCCCACAUGAAGACAUUUUUGUUCUCUUGCUGCUGACUUUCUAUGAUGUUUUGUUUCUUAAUUCGUAUUAGUCAUUUAAACUGACUGACUGACCUAAGUAUUUUAUUUUGUUCAAAGGUCGACCAAUUUUUUUUUUUUUUGGUUUGGAAUUCAGUUUUUGUAGUCAUCAUACACUGGCUUUGAAUGCCAGAAAUGUUGCUUUUUGGGGGGGAGGGGCCUUGUUCCAGUUGUCACAAAAAUAUUUCAGUCCGAGCUGUCAGAGGACUUAUAUUGGUUUUUUUGUUUUGGCAACACAUUUACUUGGCCUGAAAAUUUUGUUUACUUAGUUGGACUUUUCUAUACGUUUGCUAAGUGUCUUCAAAUGUGGCAAGAUUGUUUAAAGAAACAGGAUAAAUGAAAUUAUUUUGCUUAACGUACGCCAACAGAAAUACUUUUUGUAAACAGAAAAGUGCAUUACAGAUUUUUAACAACAUCAUUAUCUGAUUAAUAUAUUCAAUUCGCAUCAUGACUGCUAGUUGGAAGUUGUUGUAUUUCCUUCUAUAGCGCAAUAGUUAGCAAAUAGGUACAAAAAGUUCAAGUCCUAGUUAAAAUAUUUUAGUUGUCAAAAGGAAAUUUGCUCUGAAGAAAAUUUACAGAUGGACGCCCUUAAUCUAACUUGUCCUACCACUUGUUUUUUUCUUCAUUAUCACUAUUCAUAAUUUCUAUACUGAUGCCAUAAAACUAAUCUUAGUUUAUGGAUGUGCAGGUUCAGUGUCAGCAAGUGUACAUAAACGCUCACUUACUCUUUGUAGUUCUAUAUAAAACGUUUUCUGUAUAUGAAAAGCUUAUCCCUAUAAGCUAACAUAAGAUACUACACAAUCUAAAUGCUUACUGUCAAGCAUACAUUUUUUGCAAUUUUUCUGGAAUCUGUGUGGUUGUCUGAAAAUUAACUAUUUCUUUUGCAGAUUCUGUCAGCUGAAAUGCUGAAUGGAGUCAGGAGGUAGCACAAUGUCUAGAGUGUUUGCUGUUGUAGCCUAUAAUAAACAGUAAUACCACAGUAUUAGCUUGACUUUGAGAGAAUGUUCGGUUGUGUAUUUGGUUGAAAAAGAAUGAAGCUAUUUUUGUAAUUAUUGCCUAGCUUGGGUCAAUUUAAAAGUGACUGAAAUAAACUAUGGCUUUAUGCUUUCCUUCUCCCUUAAACCAUACAUGUUGCAAUUGAUUUGACAUUAAUUGGCAUUUUGCAUUCAGCUUCAACCGUUACUCAUGUUUUGCUUUCUGAAGAAAAGAUUUUAUGGAUUAUGACUUCAGUUUUCUGUUGUUUCUUGCCGUUGAACAGUUAAAAAGGCUAUUUGAAAAAAUCUCACAACUAUUGUAUGACAAGGACAUCAAAGGUAAAUGUUGAUUUAAAAUUUCCAAUUGCAUUUGAACACAUGUAGGGAUGACAAACUGCUUUCAUAUGUCGUUUGUAACUCAUGAAAAGGUAAAUUCUGAGAAUAAAGAACAGGAUAGACAAUACUGUACUUUAGUCUGGAAAACUAUAGAAAAGUGAUAUUGACGUCUGCCUUGAAUUGUUUACAUCAACUCUGAACACUGUUUUUUAGUAUCAAA